UAAAUCCGGAGAUGUUGAGUUUCCAUUUCGUCGCAUUUAACUGAACUGCAUUCACAGAUAAGCUUUACCUAAAGUGAGGGAGAAUGUAAUAUGACAACAAAAAUAACCCUCAGCACGCCAACGGUUACGCGCCACUACAUAAAGUUAUCACGCGGAAAGCGAAACCGCAGAGCGGCUGAUAUAUUCGCGGUCAUUUGAGUUUGCAGGCCGCUCGUAAUGUUGUAGUGGUUGUAACAGGUUGUAUUCCCAACGCGAGCACGGCCGGCUGACUGCAUUUUCGAAGAUGCUCGUGCGGACGAAACAGUUCUUAUUCAAUUUGCGAUGGCGUUGUAAGCAUGUUUACUCUGGUCCUCGUCAAAGAGUUGGCGCAGUGUAAAGCAGCCGUGGGUGCGGCAAGCGCGGCCCCCACCGCCGCCUCCGGAGGCCCCGCUUCCUCCUGGCUCGGCUCAGCUCACCAAGGCCACUGCAUUCACCAUUGGGUGCUGUGGGGUGUCCUUCCUGGGUGCAGCUGUCUGGCAGUAUGAACGCAUGCGGCGUGAAGCACGAGCCAUCAUUGCCCACCGAUGGACCUGGGAGCCAAAGCGUGGCAGCUUUCGACAGCAGCUGAAUACAUGGUGGCACAGUGUGCCGGAGGGCAGCCGGGUGGCGUACGGUCUGAUUGCAGCCAAUGCGGCGGUCUUCUUGCUAUGGCGGGUGCCCCGGCUGGAGCACAUCAUGCUGCGAUACUUUGUCUCCCAUCCGGCUUCCAAGCCACUGUGCCUGCCGAUGUUCCUGUCUACGUUCAGUCACCACUCGUUCUUCCACCUAGCAGCCAACAUGGUGGUGCUGAACAGCUUCGCUCCUACAGCCGUCGCCUUACUGGGGCGAGAGCAGUUCCUCGCUAUGUACGUCAGUGGCGGUGUUGUGUCAUCCCUUGCCAGUUAUCUGCACAAGGUUGCCACCCGGCGAGCUGCCAUGUCCCUGGGCGCGUCGGGAGCCAUCCUGGCCGUGGUGGGAGCCCUGUGCUUGCAGUACCCAGAUGCACAGCUCAGCAUCAUCUUCUUGCCUUUCUUCACCUUCUCGGCUGCUGCGGCAUUGAAAGGUGUAUUGGUGUUUGACACGGCUGGUAUGCUGUUGCGGUGGCGCCUACUGGAUCAUGCGGCCCAUUUAGGAGGCACCUUGUUCGGCGUGGGCUAUGUGCUGUAUGGCCAGGAGAUGUGGAAGCGCAGGGAGCCUAUCCUCAAGACAUGGCACCAGCUGCGUGAAAGCUGGGGUCGUGGAUGACGACCCAGCUGAAGGCACUGUUCGAUGUUACAGGGUCACCCUGCUUCCUGGGUUAUGGUAUAGUCUGUGGAUACUUCGCGAUUGAGCUAUAAAUAAAAAACGGAGUAUAUUUAA